AUUGCGCGCGCUAUUGGAGCAAGCAUGGCCGACGGGACAGGACAGGAAGCGGCGACGGCGGUAAAGGCCAAGCCCGUCGACGAUGAGGACGAAGCCACGCUAGAGUAUGAAGAAAUCCGCGUGGGUGAGAUCAUCACAUACUACACGAGGCUGUUUGUGGCUGGCGAUCCCCGUGGAAAGCGCGUGUCCAAAAUUGUUCGCAUUCGUAGCGACAUCAAGAACGAGUACCCGAUUCAUGUGGAGAGUCAAGAUGCGAUCUCGAAACACGACAUGGUGAAGCGGGUCAAGGAUGCGCAGGGCAAUGCGGUCGAAUGCGGCUUGUAUCGAAAAGUGUACACCUACGAGUUGAUUCCAGGCAAGAUUCGGGGCGAGAUGGCCAGUGCGGUCCUCAAAGCCGCCAUGAAAAACGUUGUUCGCGAUGCAUUUGCCAAAGUUUAUGGAAGCGAGCCCCCUGCGUCCAAGAAGCGGCGGCGGGACGCUGCUGUCGACGAAGUGAAGCAACAACACGCAUCAUACAAACCCAAACGAAAGGCCGCCUCAACCACGAAACCAACGACCACUUCGUCGAAACCCAUUUCUAUCAGCAAAUUCUUUCUCCCCAAGUCCACUGCAACUACUUCCGACAUCCCUAUACAACAGAGCAAAGGUCCUGAACCUGCUGCAUCGCGGAACGUCGACAAGGCUGCGAACACACGCAACGACGACCCACUGUGCUUCAUGUCCCCCACCACCGAAAAACACACGUCGCCCCUACAAGUCAAGUCCACAUCGUCUAAUAUAGUCGCUGCUAUGGUGGUCUCCACUGGCACAUCUCGUGAAUCCAUCGCAACAACCGCCAAGGAACGUUGGCCUCCCAAAUCCUCGACGAAAAUUGAACGUCCACCGAUCAAAUCAAGCGCUGCUUGGUGUGAAUCGACACAACCACUGUUCAAGUUGCCUCAGGCUGCGUCGAACCCUGCAAAACGUUCCUCCUCAUCAUCGAAGCAGGCCAUGACGUCAUCCUCUGAAUCCAUCGCACCGUCUCACAUAUUCAUCAAGCCCACCGGGGCCACGCCCUCGUCCGUGCGCCCGGUGAAAACGGCAUCCUCGACCUACUUCAAUAAAGUCGAGCGCGUGCCCCGUAGUAAUAACCACAUUGCUGCUACUUCCACCACACGAACGCUAGAUCCGACUGCCCCCGUCUCACCCGCUGGACACCCGACCCGAUCACUGACCAACGACAAGGUCGACGAGGAUUCGUUCAUGUCCCCAGUCGCUUCAGCUUUGCCGUCCUCUCAGGUGUCCUCUCGAGCGUUUGUACCGCCUUCGAUCACCUCCAAAGCCUCCCAGCCAUUCUCCAAUUCCAGCCGCUCAUCGUCUGGCUCCCUGGGUACCGCGUCGUUUCGCCAUCGGGAUCGUUUGCCACCACCAGAGAAGCGGUCAAUGUCGUCACCAACCCCUUUGACCACAACCGACAUUGCACUCCGAGCACUCGCCCUCUCAGCCGCAGCCACGGUCAAGCGCAAACCCGUCGACGAUUACGACACGUACAAGGCGCGUCAAGCCAAGAAGACGUCCCGUGAGGAAUGGAAAACGCGAAAAUCGUCCCUAGCGUCGCUCGAGAACCCUCCCCCCCGUAGGUCGAGCUCGUCCGACAAGGCGCUUCAGUCGCAGCGUUUGGCAGCGUUUGUGUUGAAAAGGCAAGACGAAGAAGACGUUGCCGAGAGGGACCACGUGACCCCGCGAAAGAAGCAAUGGCGCCAACAACGCGCGACCUUUCAAGGCAGCCAAAGCAUGUUUCACGCGACCAACCCCCCCCAGCUGCAAGAAAUGUCGUCAGAUGGAUGGCGCAUUCCCAAAAAACUGGCCAAGUGAUUUGAAUCCAUAAUACUGCAUGCCCUGUUGAAUAUAUAUAAUAUAUAAAGUCCAAUAAUAUCUCCAG